CUUCAAUUAUUUGAAUGUUUCAGCAACAUCAAUCAAUGACUGAACACCAUCAAUUUCCAAUUGCCCCGCCACGGACUAUACUACUUCCGCCAAUCUCAGCAGUUACAUAGUACUAGGUACCUAGUACUAAGUUAGGUAGUACAACUUAAACUCAGGCACCUAGUAACUACGUAUCAUCAGCCAAUAGGUACAAUUUCGGUUAAUUGCCUAGACCUUAAUGAGCCAGUCAAGUUUGAUUCAAUUGCGCAAGUUUGCAAAGCUCAAAAGCUUGGAACCCCAUCAAUCCCCCAACUCCCUCAUUCUUAAUUCUUCCCUUAUCAUCACGACUUUUACUGAUAUAUAACAAUCUCAUACUCCCCAUUACCUCCCCAUUACCCCAUUACAAAUCAAAUAAGCCUCUUUGGAGCUCGAGGGACAAAAUGGCGGAUUCGGAGGAGCCCACCUUCCACCAACAUGAUGCUCUCCGUUCCGGCAUGAAAGGCGCGAUGUUGGGCGGAGGUGCUGGCUUCGCCAUGUCAGCUGUUCAGAACUCGCUCGCCAGGCGCAAUCUAGGCGCCUUUGGUGUCUUUACCAGGACAGGGAGCACAAUUGCUAUAUUUACUGCCGUUGGCGCUGUAUACGGCUUUGGUAAGGAUGCAGCCGCCAACCUACGAGAGAAAGAUGACACAUUAAAUGUGACAAUCGCUUCUUUUUUUAGCGGAGCAACCAUUGGCUUAAAAUCUGGUCGUAUGCCGCAUAUUCUCGGUCUCGGUGCGGCUUUCUCCAUCGUCAUGUCGACCUUUGAAUAUACAGGCGCCAGUCUGCGUGGUAGUCGCCGCGCUGAGAUCCUUGAAAUGGAAGAGUAUGACCGCAAGGAGUAUUUGCGCAAGAACCGCCGGCGACCUAUCGAGGAGACAAUCGCAAAUAUCGGAGAGGGCAGAGGGAUCAAGCCUCCGGGCUACGAAGAGCGCAGACGAGAGCGCUUGAAGGAGAAGUAUGGCGUUGAGAUCAACCCCGUCUCGGCGAGCCCAUAAUAAACAAAUACUACUAAGCAAGGGUCGGGAUUGUAAUUACCUACCUAACUCAUAUUCCCCAAACGCCAG